GUACAUAGUGUAACUAUCAAAAAUUUACUUGUAUGGAACUAGAAUGGAGUUUGUAACCGAAGUGUCUGAGUUUGUGCGAUUGAAGGAGGAGCCUGCUGAGCCAGAAGCGGAGCCCGAGCGGCGGCCGCCCGGCGCGGCGCGAGCAGUGCACAUCAAAGAAGAACCACAGAAUGAACAUCAGUCAGACAGUGACGAAAUAGAAGAUUGUUUGCAACACACAACGAGUGAAUACGAAAUAAAUCCCUCAUGCUUUGAAAAUAUUGUGAGCGAUGUGAUACAUGGCUUGUGUGACGGUAGAGUCAAGGAUGAGGUUAUGCAGUCGGUGCCACAGAUCCCACAGACAGCCUCCUGCUUGGACAAGGAGUGUGUGAGCGAAGCAGCCAUGCUGGCCGGCCUGUACACGGACCAUGAUGUUAAAGAUGAGCUUGUGCUGGGUGCGGAGUGCCCAUAUCGCCCUGAUGUCACUCUAGUAGUUCAUGGUCGCAUUGGCCGUACACUUCGAGAUUGCUCUGUGACACUUGAACACAUCCCACACAUCGAUGUGCUAGCUAAGCGACAAGGCACAACUAGUAGCGACACUGAGUCCGAUACUGAUAAAUUUACAUUUAGAGAUGAAUUUCACACUGAAGAGAAAGAACCAUUAUGUGAUCUUUGUGGUGAAAGAUUCAGUGUAAAAUCAGAUUUAGUGAAACAUGUCAUAGAUCAUAUCCACAGACCUCCGAGCAUGGAACAGGAAGGCAGUGCGCAGGGCAAUGCAUUUGCUGGUCAGUGCCAGCAAGAGCAGGAGCGGGCUUUGUGCCGAAGAUACGCGAUCCAGGACUGCCGCGUGCGCCUCGAACGGCUCCGACACCACGAGGCUCUUGCCACCAACGACACGCAACACACGCAUACGGAAAUUGAUGCGGAGGAUAUACACACUAGAGUUGACAAUGGGAAACCUACUUGUGAUCUUUGUGGAGAUAGUUUUGCACUGAAAUCGGAUUUGAAAAAACAUAUCAUGAUUGAUGUUCACAUGCCGACCGCACGACGUUCACAAGACCUUAGUCUGAACAAGGAAUCAGAUACUAGGAUUCAUAUGUAUGAGUGUGAUAUUUGCGGUGAAACAUUUCAGCAAAAAAAUACUUUACAAAUUCAUAUUCUAACACACUCAACACAGUCAAAGUCCAAGGACUCUAAAUGCGAUAACAUAGGAGAAAAAUUUUACUGUUGCGAAAUAUGUUCAGAGCGUUUCCGAAGUUUGAGGAUGUCCGCCAACUUGUUGAAUGCCGCCCAACCCAGCUGGGUUCUCCUAGAGAUCUCCUGCUCCUGUUGUGUUUUGUCAAAAGAUAGAAUAUGUCCAAGAUACACGUAA